CAACAUUACAGUUUUCUAUAAACUUUACAUUGAUGUUUAUCGUAUCUAGAUUUUGUGAAAAGGGAGUUUCAUGUUUGUAUCCUUUUCUAAAAGGAAAAAGCCGUUUUGUUUGGAUGAACUUGUCCAUAUUUUGUAAUGUUUGUGAUUGCGGGUAAAAGUGAUAAAAGCAUGUAAGAGUAAUUUUCGGAGGGAAAAAAUGUGCUAAAUCAGUAAAUUUUCGUGGCUUUUCGUUAAAAUUUUAAAUAAAAUGGAUCAACAGCGUAUUCUUUACGUAACGUAUUUAGAAAAAGAAGGGCCUUAUAUAAAAGUAUGGGGCCAGACUGUUAGAAACGUGCCGAUAGCGAUAGAAGAGGCGCUUCAACAGGCGACUGCAAAGUUCGAACAGGGUGUUUCAAUGCCGGUUCCAACGGAUAUUCAAGUUGGUUUGCCUUGUUGUGCUAAAUUUAAAGACAAUCGGUAUUAUCGUGCAAAAGUAACGAGUACUUCUCACCUUGAGCAAGGGUUAGUCGAAGUUUUGUUCUUAGACUACGGCAACAAAGACAUUAUCCCUUACAACAACAUUCGUACUCCUAUCGAUGCCGCUUCGCUUCUUUCAAUCCCGCCCCAAGCUAAAGAUUUCCUUUUAGCUGAAGUGGCAAUGCCAGUUUGGGAUAUAGACACUUUUGAGGUCAUUGGAAGCAAGUUACGUUAUUUAGAGUUAGAAGUCAUGCCGAUUUGCGAAAUUGGUCCCUUUAUUAUAAUCCGCCUAUUAAAGAAUAAACAAGAUGUAUGUCUUGAGCUUAUUAAUCUUGGUUUAGUUGUUAAAGUACCGAUUCAAACCCAGCAACACGAUUUACAACAACAUUUACAAACUCCAGGUGGGAUUCAUCCACAGUACAUCCACCAGCAACCGCCACCGGUGAUGGUCCCCAUCAAAAUGGCAUCCCCAUCGCCUCCUAUGUCUACAUCAACACCUACUUUAUUGUCUUAUAAAGCAAUGCCUUUGGAACAUGGAUCAGAACAUGAUGUUUAUGUGUCUUAUGUUUCGGAUGGACCUUGUAUGUUUUCUGUACAACAUCAAAAAUUGGAAACUUUAUUAAAACGCUUAAUGGCAGAGAUUAAUUCAAUCGACCUUCAACCUUUGGAAGAAUAUGUUUUACCAGGAACUGUCUGUUUGGCGCAAAGUACAGAUGAUGAAUACAUUUGUCGAGCUGUUGUUACAAAUAUGGUUGAUGAAGAAUACAAGGUAUUUUACGUCGAUUUUGGUAACACGGAAGUAUUACCGUUCAAUAAAUUAUUUCAAAUUCCUGUAAAAUACGUUAUUCCAAAAGUAAUGGCAACACGAUUCGCUUUGUCUGGUUUAGAAACGGCGAACGUUUCGAUCGAAAUGAAAUGCGCGUUUAAAGAUUUUGUUAAUAAUAAAUUAUUGCGAAUGCGAGUACAACCUCCCGCAGCAAAAUCCGGAUUACCCCUCUGUGAUCUUUGGGAUGAAAACGGAUUGAAAGCGAUAGAUGUAAUUCGAAAUAGCGCACUUCACUCAUAUCCAGAACCGAUCUCCUUACCACGCGGAUUCAGCCAAGACGUUAAAGUUAGUUUUGUAAUGAGUUGCAAUAAAUUUUAUGUACAAUUAAAAAGUAAAGAAAUCGAACUGCAAAAUUUAAUGAGUACUUUAAGUGAAACAUGUAAUGAUAGACCAUUAUUGGAUGAAGAAAACAUUCGUCAAGGUGUACCUUGUUAUGCCCUUUACACAGAUGAGGUUUGGUAUCGAGCGCAAGUUGUAAGCGUUGGUAAAGAGAUUCGUGUUAAAUACGUCGAUUAUGGUAACGAAGAAGUAGUUGCUAUUAAUGAUUUACGCGAACCAAUUUCUGAACAUAUUUUUAUGCUAAAACCUCAAGCGAUUGAGUGUUGUUUAAAUGGUUAUCAAAACAUCGAACCAGAUGCAACAAGAGACGGUUUGUUGGUGGACCUUAUUACGGAACAAGAAUUUAACAUGAAAGUUGUCGAAAUGCAAGCAAAUAGAGCUUUGGUUGAAUUAUUUGAUAGUGGCCAUUAUAAUGUUUCUUCACUACUUUUGGAAAAAGUGGCUAGUGCUACAUCUCAGGUUAGUCCUUUACUUAUCCAGGACAAUCACAGGUUUGAACAUAGAAAACGAAGCCCACCACAACAUUAUAAAGAUAAACGACCAUUACGAGAACAUAACGAACGAAACGAAUCAAAUAAUUGGCGCCAACAACAAUCUUUACCAAAACAUAAAUCAACUCCAAAUGUAAAUAAAAGAAAUCCUGGUGGAUAUAAUCAUAAUGAUAAUAAUCGUAAAAACAGAAAUCAACGAGACGGGCAUGAAUCUAGUGAUAGUAAAGAAACGUUCAACCCAAGGGAUAGACGUGAAUUUAACGCAAGUUCAAGUGGUUUUAAUAAAAAUUCAUUUCAAAAAGGACCAAAAAGGUUUGAAACUCAACGGAAAAGGUUUGAUAAUGGAGACCAAGCAGGUGCGGAAACCAGUGAUGAGGCAACCAAUGGAAAUAGAGAAAAUUGGGGUUUUGCCAAAAAAGAACGAAGAUUUGAUAAUAAUUCACAACCUUAUUCAUCUGAUAGACCAUCUUUUAAACCAAGAGAUGGAGGUUUUCAAAGAAAUAAUGAUGAUAUAAAAAGAUUCACCCCAAGAAACCAAGAUUCUUCCAGAAACUUUGAUCACCCAAAAAGAUUCAAUCCAAAUAACGAUACUUCCGCAAGAAAUGAUGAUCAUCCAAGAAGAUAUAAUUCUGGUAAUGAUAACUCAACUAGGAAUGAUGAUCAUCCAAAAAGAUUUAAUUCUACAAAUGAUACUUCACCAAGAAAAGAUGACUACCCAAAAAGAUAUUCACCAAGAAAUCAAGAUGGUUACCCCAAAAAAUUCAAUAAAUUUGAUAAUAAUCAAAGAAAUAAAAGGAAUGAUUAUCGAAAAGAUCAAAACGAUUUAAGUUCUUCUGAUACAUCUGAGCGUAGUUUCAAACGAAGUCCAAAAUCUUAUAACGAUAAUAGAAAUAAAGGUAGAAGUUUUAAAAAGUCUUCUCCAAUUUCUUCUGAAUUUUCGAAACCGAUUGGUGAUAUUUCUAAUGACAAUUGGAAUACCGAUCGGGUCACAUCACCGCCAGUUGUAGAAUCUUUAAUUCUCGCGGAACCUACUGAUAGUUUUAAACCGAUUGAAAAUCUUAUUGAUCAAACCGAAAAUGUUUUAAUCAGUUGGUUUUAUAACCCACAAUAUUUUUACAUUCAAUUGGAAAAGUUUAUGGCAAGUUUUCGAAGCAUGAUGGAAGAAAUCCAAGUUAGAUACAAAAAAAGAUCGACAAUCACCGGAGUUAUUGGCCAACCGGUUAUAGCUUUAUUCCCAGAAGAUAAAGUUUUAUAUAGAGCUCAAAUUUUAAGCUUCGAAAAUAAUCUAUAUCAAGUUCGUUAUAUCGAUUACGGAAAUAUGGGAGCAGUUACCAAAAUUUAUGCCAUUGAAACUAAAUAUAUGGAACUCCCCGCGCAGGGAAUUUGUUGUAGCCUAACUGAAAUCUCACCAUCUGGAGAAAAUUGGUUAAACGCUGAUAGUUAUUCAAGCUGUUUCGAUAAAGAUUUAUUUAGUUGUCAUUUUAAAUCUACUUUUGAUACUAAUGGAUACUAUGUUGAUUUAACCUACGAAAAUGUUAACAUCACAGAAAGUUUAAUCGCUUCAUCUUUAGCAGUUCGCCCACAAAAUGAUUUCAACAUUAAUUUAUUGCUUGGUCAACAAUUAAUGGCUUUAAUUAAGGCGGUAACAUCUUUAGAUAAUAUUACAAUUGAAAUUGAACCUAAUUUAAGUGUGAACGCGUCGUUGCAUAAUUUAUCUGAUGCUACAGAAAAAUUUGAGGAUGAUUUGAAAGUAUGGAUUGGAAAUUUUGUAUUUGUUUAUGUUGAUAAUGUUAUUAAUGAAAAAUUAGAAGUAACAUUUUACGAUACAACAGGUCAAAAAUUAAAAAUAAUCGAACCAGACGAAGGAGCUUUCGAAUCUGUAGACAUUUUAUGCCCACUUCCGGUUUACACAAAUAAAAUAAACGGAAUGGUUUGUUAUGCAACAUCAGAAUCAAUCUUUCUACAACCUACAAAAAUGCAAGAAACCAUCCAACAAUUUACCGACGCGAUAUUUAAUCAUUACAACGAACUCACCGAAUCUGAGGAGGAUUUCGUUGCGGAAGUUGAAGGAGUUUACGCCAUACAUUCAUCCGAUUCCGGUUGGUAUCGCGGAAAAGUCGUAAAAAUUGACCAAGAAAGCGGCGAAGCCGAAGUAAAUUAUUUAGAUUAUGGAAAUUCGGAAACCGUUAAAGUAACGGAAAUGAGAAAUUUAACUCCUGAUUUUUAUCAAAUGCCUAUGUUGGCGGUUGAGAUAAAAAUUGAAGGCGGAGAAUGUGAAAAAUAUAUAGAUUUUGAAGUUUUUGUUGAAGAGAUUUACUUUGAGAAUGAAUGUUGGGUUGGAAAGAUUUUUGGUGAGGAUGAAAUCAAAGAAAUAAAUAACGAAGAAGUUAAAAAUGAAGAAAAACCGGCUAUUGAAGAAAUUGUUACUCAAGAUGUUGUUACUAAAGAUGAGAUACCCAUCACUCAAGAAGUAAUCCAAAACGCCGAAAUAAAUGAGAAUCAAUUUGUUGGUGUUGAUGUAACAUUAAGUCAUUCGGAUUCCCCAUCAGAAUUUUAUUUACAACUUUCCAACGAUUUGGACUCAAUAUCAGCUCUUCAAGUAGAAUUACAAACUCAAGUUCCUAAUUUAGUUAACUUAGAUAACCCUGCUCCUGGAAUUUUAUGCGCAGCUCCAUUUUCGCUUGAUGGCCAAUGGUAUCGCGCUCAAAUCUUAGAUGCAGACGAUGAUAUAACAACGGUAAGAUUUGUUGAUUUUGGAAAUACAGAUGUUAUUGAUAACAAAGCAACAGCGAUAAAAACGUUACCUGCGGAGAUGUUAUCAAUGGAAUAUCACGCAAAAUUAUGCUCGCUUUACAUAAAACCGAUUGGAGAGGAAUGGAGUUCUAGCGUAAUUGAGAAAUUCGAUAACUUUUUGGGCGAAAAAAGUUUGCGUGCUGAAAUUAUUCAUCAAGAUGAGAAAACUACUUAUGUUGAAUUAUAUGCGAAUCACGAAAAUGUAGCUGAAUAUCUUAGAAAAGAAAAUUUAGCUAGUAAUUUAGAAUUAGAAACUGAAACAAGUACAACUGGAUAUAUAAGCCAUUUAAAUUCACCAAGCGAAUUUUGGAUGCAACUUGAUAGUUCUGUUCCUGAUUUAGAAUGGGUCGCCGACCAAUUAAUGAACGCUUCAACUUUCCCAAUUUUGCAAGAUUUAACACCUGGGUCUUUAUGCGCUGCGAUGUUUCCAGAAGAUAAAUCUUGGUAUAGAGCUAGAAUUUUAUCAAACACCGUGGCGGGAAUUGAAGUUAAUUUUAUCGAUUAUGGAAAUUCGUAUUCUUGUACUGAAUUACGCGAACUCCCGGAAGAAUUGGUGAUGUUAUCCCCGUUAGCUUUAAAAUGUAGUUUAUCAAAACCCGCAGGAAUUCUUCAAUGGUCAACACAAGCAACCGAAAAAUUCAACGAAAUUUCAGCAGACGGCGCUACAGUAUAUAACGUAAAUAUUUUAACAACUGGCGAAACAUCCAUAAUUCAAUUAAUGGUGGAAAACGAAGAUGUUAGUUAUCUUUUGUUACCAGAACUAAAAGACUGUCGCAUUUCUUGUUUUAAUUCAUUAGAUGAUUUUUGGGUCCAAUUCAUAGAAAACGAUCCAAAAUUAAAACAAAUAGAAACAAAUUUAAACAACACCCAAUUAACCGAUUUAGAAACACCAGAAGAAAACGAAAUAAUUGUAACUACUUACGAAAAUAAUUUAAAACGAGCCAAAAUUUUAAAUAAAGUCAAUGACGAAUUUAAAGUGUUAUUAAUUGAUUCCGGCAUCGAAAUCGUCACAAACAACUUAAAAAAACUACCGGAAGAUAAUGAAACAACCCAAGAAGCUUUAGCAAAACAAUACAAACUUGAAGUUUUACCAAGAACUAAAUGGGCGGAUAAUUCCGAAUCAAAAUUCCGCGAAUUUUUAACAACCACCGUUUUUCAACUUGAAGAAGUCGCGGAUGGUUUAGCUAGACUUUAUUUAAAUGAUGAAGAUGUUAGGAUUUCUUUGGGAUCUGUAAAAUGUAGUACUCCAUUAAAUUCGAAUCAAAAUAGUCCAAAAAAAUCCGUCGCGUCUGAAGAAAAUUGCGACGACGAUUUAAAUGUGGAAAAUAAUAAAGUCGAUGAAAUUAUUAAAAUCAAAUUAGAACAGGAAAAUAAUCAAGUUAAUUUGAAUGAAAUUAUCGAAGUGAAAUUAGAACAGGAAAAUAAUCGAGUUGAUUUGAAUGAAAUUAUUGAAGUGAAAUUAGAACAGGAAAAUAAUCGAGUUGAUUUGAAUGAAAUUAUUGAAGUGAAAUUAGAACAGGAAAAUAAUCAAGUUGAUUUGAAUGAAAAUGACAGUAGUGAUACUUCAAAAGAUUCAAUAGAAAAUUCAUCGAUGAAUAAAGAUCAAGAAAAAUCUUUAAGUGAUAAAGAAACGAGUAAAAUUGAGAUAACUCAAAUAGUUAAAGAAAAAAUAAUAGAUGAUCAAGAAACGGACAAAAAAAUGAAACAAGAAUCAACUAAAGAAACGGUCGAAGAGAUGCUAAAAGAUGUCAUUGAAGUGGUUACAAGUGAUAAAACAAUCCAUUCCGGUACGGAAUCCACUGAUGAAGAUAAAAAGUAGGUUAUGCUUAAAUAUUAAUACAUUUUCAUUUUUCGUUACUUUUUUAUAAAUUACUAAAAAUUUUGUGUUUCUCCUGAGGUAAUCUUAAUUCUUAUCUAUCGGUGAUUAUCCCGGUAAUCAUUUUUUUAGUGUAUUUUUGAUAUUUUUAUAUGAUGUUUGAAGCGUUCUCCAAUCGUAGAGGGGGUCAUAUUAUUUUUUUAAAUUUAGAGUUUACCUCACGGAUAUUUCUUAGUUGCCACUUAUAAAAGGAGUACAUUCUCGUUUAUACUGUUAUUAAAAAGUUAAAAAUAUUGUUGAAUAAAGAUUAUUUGUUUGCUUUAA